CAUAGUGUACACAUGUGUGACGUUUUGUGUACGCGCAUGAAAGUAUGGCGGAAAAUGAGAGCCGGGAGUUGGCAAACGAGCUCAAAGGUAUCUUAAAAAGAAAGCGAGAUAGCUCACAUCUGGGCAAACACGAGGAUGAAAAUCCAAUAAGAUCUAUUCUGAAGAAAGGAAAAACAUCUAAACCCAAAGAAUCAAAACCGGAAUCGGUCGAAACACGUGCGUCAAAGGCUGAUCUAGUGCACGACAGUCCGUCUAAAAAGGGAAUAUUGAAGUCUUCGGUUGUUGUACCGUCACAGCAAGGAAAUACCCCGAGAAGCAUUCUUGUAAAAACACAAAACAACACAGAUAACGUUUUAGCUGCUGAACAAGCUCAAUCUAUUGUAAGCCUGGGCAAAACAUCUAGAAAUAUAUCACAGCCUCAAGUUAAGCAAGAAAUUAGAGAUGAACUAUAUGAAAUAGCAGAGGCUGAACUUCUUUCCGAAGAACAAGAACAGUCAGAACAGGAACCGUCGUCUCCUCCCCCACAACCAAAAAAAGCAACAUCUGAUGCUAACCGAGAAACGAAAUCGGAGCCAGAGCAUGUGAAAGAAGACAGGCGAUCAAGCUCCAGCAAACAUAAGUCAGGUUCUUCAAAGUCGCAUUCAUCACGGAAGGAAAAGACAUCAUCAGACAAAAAGCCCAAGACUGAUAAAAAGCAAAAGCCUUAUCAGCCAGCAAAUACUACCCUUGUGGACGAUUAUGACGAUGAUGAUGAAAUUGAACCCAUUCAGGAUCCUAAAGUUGACAAGAGUCGUUCCUGUCCAUAUCUGGACACAAUUAACAGGUCUGUGCUGGAUUUUGAUUUUGAGAAGCUGUGCUCUGUUUCUUUGUCGCAUAUCAAUGUGUAUGCCUGUCUAGUGUGUGGAAAAUACUUUCAGGGUCGAGGAAAGAUGUCCCAUGCAUACACCCACAGUGUACUGGACAGUCAUCACGUGUUUCUCAACCUUCUCACCCACAAGUUCUACUGCCUCCCUGACAACUAUGAAAUCAUUGAUUCCUCUCUUGAAGACAUCAUUUAUGUUUUGAAUCCAACAUUUACAAUUGAUCACAUCAAGAAACUGGACUUCACAAACAAGUUAUCUCGUGCUUACGAUGGGACAACGUAUAAUCCAGGUAUAGUUGGACUCAACAACAUCAAAGCCAACGACUACUGUAAUGUGAUUUUGCAGGCGCUGUCCCAUGUGUCGCCACUCAGGAACUACUUCCUGCAAGAAGAAAACUAUAAAAAGAUCAAGAGGCCUCCUGGAGACCAGAUGUUGAUGAUUUGUCAGCGAUUUGGAGAACUUAUUCGGAAAUUGUGGAAUCCACGGAACUUCAAGGCUCAUGUCAGUCCUCAUGAGAUGUUGCAGUCAGUGGUUCUGUGCAGCAAGAAGAAGUUUCAGAUCACAGAACAGGGUGACUCGCUCGACUUUAUGUCCUGGUUCCUAAAUGCCCUACAUGUGUCCCUGAACGGUACGAGGAAGCUCAACAGUAGCAUUGUCAACAAGACCUUCCGAGGAAAGAUGAGGGUGUAUACGCGCAAAAUGCUGCCUGUGGAAUUGAAAGAGGAAGAAAAAGAAAAGUUGCUCCAGACAGAAGAGUAUACAGAGACCUAUGAGGAGAUCCCCUGGCUGUACUUGACCUGUGACCUUCCACCCCCACCCCUGUACCCUGAUGAGCUGCGAGAGAACAUCAUCCCACAGGUUCCAUUCUCCAUCAUCCUUGCCAAGUUUAACGGGAUAUCUGAGAAGGAGUACAAGACCCAUAAGGACUCGAACAUGAAGAGGUUUGAACUGACACGUCUCCCUCCCUACAUCAUCUGUUACAUUAAGAGAUUCACAAAAAAUUACUUCAUUCAAGAAAAGAACAGAACAAUUGUCAACUUUCCAAUUAAAAAUAUAGACUUUGGUGAUCUUUUGGCUCCGGAGAUCAGAGCCCAACACAAGAACACGACAUAUGACCUUAUGGCUAACAUCGUCCAUGAUGGGGAACCCAAGAAAGGGAAGGGCACAUACAGAGUUCAUGUCAUACAUAAGGGCUUAGGUAAAUGGUAUGAGAUGCAGGACCUCCACGUGACAGACAUCUUGCCCCAGAUGAUUCCCCUCUCUGAAAGCUACAUACAGAUAUUUGAGUUGAGGAAAGACAUCCCCAAUCCAACAUUUGGUAUGGCCGCUGAAGACCAGCCACCUCGGCCAGAGUUCAUUGCUUCUAUGGAAACAUAAAUGUUGGACUUAAUAUCAAGAUUUACCAGUUCCAUCAUGUGGUAAAUGACUUACCAAUCACAUUGUGUGUUACAGAGAGUUUUGGUAAAUGUCUUACCAAUCACAUCGUGUGUUACAGAGAGUUUUGGUAAAUGACUUACCAAUCACAUCGUGUGUUCCAGAGAGUUUUGGUAAAUUGCAAGAAAAUAGCAUGUAUUGAUGUUUCCUGAACUGUGAAGUUACAAUGAGUCUGAAGAUUAUGUGAAAGGAAAAACUGUUGGAGAUCAUUAUGCAAAAUACUAACACAGUUAUCCUGAAGAAUACUUAAGUAAGACAAAAACCUGCCAAGAAAUACGUAACUCCUUCAUUGAUGAAGUUUUGUAGUUUAAAUCCUUUAUUUCUGUGCGUGGCUUUAGAUACACAUACAUUGUACACAGAUACCUGUGUCAGUUAGUGUUUCCUGGGAAUAACAUUACUUUAAAUCAUUGUACACAGAUUCCUGUGUCAGUUAGUGUUUCCUUGGAAUAACAUUAC